CUCUACAAAAGCGGCGAUCACUGGUAGGGCCUCCUAAUAAAGAGCUCACCACAUGACUGGAGUAUAAAUAGAAGUUGGUUUUGCUAUUAAAGAUAUAUUCAAGUCAACAUAGUGACAUAGAAACUGAAAACUCUAUAACUAUGGAUUGCCUUAAGGUCGGAAUUGUAUACAUAUUUCUCAUACACCAUUCGGCUCAGAGCGUUGCACAAUAUCAGUUUAAAAACACACCAGUGGAUACUGUGUGUGCUGCUGGUUCGGCAGAGAAAUGUUUAGUAGGCUUCGUCAAGAACACUCAAACUCUGGGACUAUGUGAGGGCAUCCAGAAAAGUAUGGACUGCAUAGCAGAGAUGGGCUCAGAGUGUGAAGGUGAAAUCAAGAACCUUCUGAAGCUGGAGACAUUACUAGCACAUGUUCCCCUUCUCUUCAGAAAGGACCUCUUCAUGUGCCCAAACCUGAGUUUGGAGAAGCUUAACAUGGCCAUACCAGACGAGUUCUACCCCAGUGAAUUGAUGCUACAUUUGGACCAGUUGGAGGAAGAGAGUAAAGGCUGUCUAUUUGAUGUUUUCUCCAGAGGUCAAGAACAGUCUGUAAUGAUUGAACUGGAUGACCUAGAUGGCAAUUCAAUUAAUGACUUUUGCCAACAUCUUAAUAAACUUGACAGGAAAACAGCAAAAGGACUUAAAAGAUGCGACGAGAAAUUUGCGGAAUACUUUUCUGGAUUGAACCUACAACUGACAAAGUUUAUAAACAUUCUCAGUAUAGAAGACCCUAAGAAGUGUCGUGGCAGAGACAUUGUCGAAAAUGUGAAAUCUGAACUUUGAACAGAUUUCUUUACAUAGUAGCUAAAAUACAGGUAUCAAAACAGUCAAAAGGCAGGGGUGAAUUUUGUAAUUAUUUCUGAGAAUUAACUUAAUUAUGUACAUACAAAUAUGAUUCAAGUAUACAAUUUACAUUCAUCAUAAAAGCCACAUUAACAUUUGGACUGUGUUUGUAAAAAGCUUGUGUUUUAUCCUUUCGUAUGAUGAUCCUGUUCAUAUUUCAUUUGCCAAAAUGAUGGCAUCUUUGAACUCCUCAAACGAUAGAAUAAUAGAGCAAUAGAAUAUUAUUAUAAAUUUCCAAUGGUUUGAAUCUUUAUAAUUUAUUAAACUUUUGUUUGUUUGUAAAUCCAUUCAACAUAUGGUGUAAAACACGUAUUGAACUCAUGUACAAACAAUACUGAAGAUAAGUUUGUAAAUUGGAUAAUUUUAAUGCUAUCUAGCUUAACAAAUAACUAGAAUAAUUUGAGAUUGUUAUUGACUUCAAUUUAAUACUAGCCAGGACUUAUUCUUAAAUCAUGCUGAAGAUGUUAAUUGGUGAAUUUUUGAAAUCACCAAAUUAGCCAAAAGUAAAAGUGUU